GUGGCUACCCGUAACUUACCCCUUUAUUUUCCUCGCCCCCAAAAUCCAGUUUCCUGCGGGGGCAGCGUCGGUCAGCGGAAAAUCUUCAUACUGAGUCUUCGCCGCUGCUCUCCGGCGAAACAACCUUUAUCCCUGUACAUAAAAGAUUUGCAGGCUACAAAUACAUGUAGAGGGAUGAUGAACUCUGCUGGACAUACUUUGAUUGCUUCUUUAACUCCUCUUCAUUCUCUUGUCCUGAAAAACCAUGUCAGAUUGUUUCCCAACUUAUUUUAUGGAAAUCUCGCCAAAUCAAGGAAAUCACAUCGCUACAAUCAAAAGUGCCGUUUUCAUAAAGAGUGCGUAAUGGGUGCAACUCACUAUCUUCCCCCUUGGUUCAGUAUUGCUCCAAUGAUGGAGUUCACGGACAACCAUUAUAGAACUUUGGCUCGCCUCAUAACGAAACAUGCUUGGCUCUACACGGAAAUGAUUGCUGCAGAAACAAUAGUGUACCAGAAGGGAAAUUUGGAUAAAUACUUGGCAUUUAAUCCAGACCAACAUCCUAUAGUGCUUCAAAUCGGGGGAAGUGACUUAACAAACAUUGGUAAAGCAAUUCAGCUUGCAAACCCUUAUGGCUACGAUGAGAUCAAUUUCAACUGUGGAUGUCCAAGUCCAAAAGUUGCUGGAAAAGGUUGUUUCGGUGUGCGCCUAAUGCUCGACCCAAAGUUUGUCGCUGAUGCCAUGUCAGUAAUCUCCGCAAAUACAGAUGUUCCUGUUACUGUUAAAUGCCGAAUUGGUGUCGAUGAUCACGACUCAUAUAAUGAGCUGUGUGAUUUUAUAUACAAGGUUUCAUCUCAAUCGCCAACAAAGCAUUUCAUAAUUCACUCCCGAAAGGCACUACUUAACGGAAUCUCCCCCAAAGAAAAUAGAUCAAUUCCACCCUUAAAAUACGAGUACUUCUAUGCUCUCGUCCGUGAUUUUCCUGAUCUGCAGUUCACCAUUAAUGGAGGCAUAAACACCGUCGAUGAGGUGCAUACAGCGCGAAUGGAAGGUGCUCAUGGAGUUAUGGUUGGACGUGCAGCUUGCAAGGAUCCGUGGAAUAUUUUGGGAAACAUUGAUAGUGCAAUAUAUGGUGCACCUCCAAGCAGUCUAACUCGGCGACAGGUUCUUGAGAAGUACCAAGUGUACGGUGAUUCAGUUUUGGGACUAUAUGGACCUAAUCCAAAUAUUCGAGAAGUUAUAAGACCUUUGCUUAAUUUUUUCUAUUCGGAGCCGGGAAAUACUCUGUGGAAGCGCAAAGCUGAUGCUGCUUUUAUGGACCCGAAGCUUACGACGAUUACAUCAUUUUUAGAAGAGACGUUGGGUUCGAUUCCUGAUUCGGUGUUGGAUGCUCCGAUUAGUGAGGCAGCGAUUGGUUUUCCGGAUGUAUUUGCUGAUGCAAAAAGAUUGCUACCUCCUCCUUACGUAGCAGAAAGAGAGGAAGAGCUUUUGUAUGCUUAGUUUUAUCGCAACCACCCUAUAUUUAUUUAUCGACAGUUUUUUGUACCCGAAAAAAUGGUUAAGAACUAAGCCGUUAAUUCAUAGAAGCAGACAGUUUCGGUACAAAUCGACAAAUUGAAAAAUCAAAUUUAUUACCAUAAACACUAGUUGUGAAGCUAACAAUUUUCUUUUGGAUAGAUCUUUUUAUUUUAUUUUAUUUUAAAAUUGUGAUU